AUGGCGGCGGGCUCGGAUCUGCUGGACGAGGUUUUCCUGAACGCUGAGGUGGACGAGAAGGUGGUGAGCGACCUGGUCGGCUCCCUGGAGUCCCAGCUGGCCGCCUCGGGCCACCACCGCCAGCACCACAACGCCCAGGAGCCCCUCAGGGCCGCGGGGGGGCUGCUGGGCAACCAUGUCGGCGGCGGCGGAGGCAGCGGCGGCAGCAGCGGCAGCAGCAGCCCGAGCCCCGGAGGAGGCGGCGGCGGAGGAGGAGGAGUAGGAGGCAAUGCUAAUGUCCAAACGGAGAGCCCCGGCGGCGGUGGGGGAGCCGGCGCCGCCGCCACCCCCAAGAUGGGACUGGCUGGCCCCGAGAUCACCAAGCCAGGAGCUGGGGGCGUUCAAGGGAGCGUUAUCAAUCAUAACGCCAGGUCCCAGGGUUCCAGCCUGGAUGGGGCCACCACCACGAGCGUCAGCACCACUGCGGGAGUCCAGGGUGGAUCUGAAGCCGCUGUCGCCCCAGGGACCCUUGGCCAGGGCAAAUCGGUGGUGAUCAGUACCAUGGCCGCAGCCCUGUCCACCAGAAACGGGAAAAUUGGGACCACGGCGGUGCAGACUCUGAACGGGAGUAACGUGGUGAUGAACUCUCAUCAUUCGGGGAGUGCUUCUUUCUCGGCCACCCCUGUAACGGCUAACCCCACUGUCAUCCCCUCUGUCGCCCCUCUUGUUAACAACGGACCAGGAAACGUGGGGAAGGUGAACACCGUUAAUGCCGUUCUGCCGCCCGGUUCUAACACCGUCAUCCAGACUUCUUUCCUUGGCACCGGGGUGUCGUCUGCCUCUUCGCCCUCCCCUACGGUGAUUUCCUCACAACAGCCCCCGAGCAUUGGAACCGGGGGGCCGACCGUGGCGCUGGUGAGGCCGCCCAUUCAUGCGGCGGGACCCUCAGUGGCUGCCGCCACCCAGAACGGGAGCAAUACUGUGAUCAAUUCGACCAUUAGCGUGGGGAGUUUUCCUGCCGCCGCUGUUGCCACCGUGGGGUCCGGCGUUUCCCUCCAGACGUCUCUUGUGAACAGCCAGCCAGGUUCUGGCGUGCCGGUUGCACCUGCCACGCAGGUCAUCAAAUCGGAAUCUCCUAAAACCAUUGUGCAGGCAGUAACUCAACAGCAGACCCUGGCUGCUGGUGGCCAGCCCAGUACUACAGGGGGUAACAUGAUCAUUGGGCAAACUAUGCAAACUGGGCUGCCCAAUGUAGCUCCUAAUCCCGGUGGGGUACCUCCUGCACCUCCGGGUACGCCCACGGGCCUGGCAAAGGGUGCUGCCAAUACUGUGGCACAGAGCCUGCCAAGGACUCCGACAGCGACGACGAGUGGAAUCAGAGCAACUUUGGCUCCCACCGUUUUAGCACCACGCCUGCCUCAGCCACCCCAGAAUCCAACAAAUAUCCAGAAUUUUCAGUUGCCGCCAGGCAUGGUCCUUGUGCGCAGCGAGAACGGCCAGUUGCUGAUGAUCCCUCAACACACCUUGGCGCAAAUGCAGGCGCAUGCGCAGUCCCAGUCUCAAACCACCAUGACUCCUCGCCCUGCCACGCCUACCAGCGCUUCUUCGGUCCAGAUCUCGACUGUGCAGGUCAGUUCACUGAGAAAUGCCCCUGGAACGCCUAUCAUUGCACGGCAGGUGGCCCCAACCACUAUAAUCAAGCAGGUGUCACAGGCACAGACAACGGUGCAGCCCACGACGACGCUACAACGGCCGCCUGUAGUUCAGCCUCAGAUUGUCCUGGGUAGUACGGCACAAACGUCGGCGUUGGGAACAGCUGCUGCUGUGCAGACUGGAACGGCUCAGAGGACGGUGCAGGCGGCCUCAGCGGCCUCGACUGCCACCACAGAAACCAUGGAAAAUGUGAAAAAAUGCAAGAAUUUUCUCUCUACACUAAUAAAACUGGCCUCUUCUGGAAAGCAGUCUACAGAAACCGCAGCUAAUGUGAAAGAACUAGUCCAGAAUCUGCUGGAUGGCAAAAUAGAAGCUGAAGAUUUCACUAGCAGGCUGUACCGGGAACUUAAUUCUUCACCUCAACCCUACCUUGUGCCUUUCUUGAAGCGGAGCUUACCUGCCUUGAGACAGCUGACUCCGGACUCGGCGGCUUUCAUUCAGCAAAGCCAGCAGCAGCAGCCCACGACGCAGCCCACGACCACUCUCACAGCCGUGAUGCUGAACAGCCCCAUCCAGCGGACAGCGGGGAAGACCACUGCCACCGUCACGAGUACCUUGCAGCAGCCGGUCAUCAGCCUGACGCAGCCGACGCAAGUGGGGGUUGGCAAACAAGGGCAGCCCACGCAGGUGGUAAUCCAGCAGUCUCAAAAACCGGGCACGUUGAUUAGGCCUCCGCAGGUGACGUUGACACAGACCCCCAUGGUGGCUUUGCGACCCCCUCACAACCGUAUUAUGCUUACUGCUCCUCAACAAAUUCAACUGAACCCACUUCAGACAGUCCCUGUGGUAAAACAAACAGUAUUACCUGGAACCAAAGCUCUUUCUACUCUUUCAACCCAAGCUGCAGCUGCUCAAAAAAAUAAAGUCAAAGAGCCUGGGGGAGGCUCUUUUAGGGAUGACGACGAUAUUAACGAUGUUGCAUCGAUGGCAGGAGUCAACCUGUCAGAAGAGAGUGCGCGGAUAUUGGCCACCAAUUCCGAGUUGGUGGGCACGUUAACCAGGUCGUGUAAAGAUGAGACCUUUCUUCUCCCAGCACCUUUGCAAAGAAGGAUACUAGAAAUAGGUAAAAAGCACGGAAUAACGGAAAUCCAUCCUGACGUAGUCAGCUACGUAUCGCACGCCACACAACAAAGGUUACAGAACCUGGUUGAGAAAGUAUCAGAGAUGGCGCAGCAAAGGAAUAUUUCAUACAAGGACGACGAAAGAUACGACCAGGCGAGCGACGUCCGGGCACAGCUCAAGUUCUUUGAACAGCUUGAUCAAAUUGAGAAGCAGCGGAAAGACGAACAAGAAAGGGAAAUUUUAAUGCGGGCGGCAAAGUCUCGAUCUAGACAAGAAGAUCCAGAACAGCUUAGGUUGAAACAGAAGGCCAAGGAGAUGCAGCAGCAAGAACUAGCACAAAUGAGACAGAGGGAAGCCAACCAAACUGCUUUGGCGGCCAUCGGUCCCCGGAAGAAGAGGAAAGUGGAGUCUGCGGGCGCUGGGCCAGGAACAGAGGGGUCCAGUGCGAGCGUGGCGGUCCCAGGCGGCUCCGGAGUGGGAACGACCAGGCAAUUUACACGGCAAAGGAUAACGCGGGUGAACCUCAGGGACCUCAUAUUUUGUUUAGAAAAUGAGCGAGAGACAAGCCAUUCACUAUUGCUAUACAAAGCAUUCCUUAAGUAAAAGUGGAGAAGAUCAAGGUAUUUUUGACCGAGAAGGCAACCUGGGGACAUUUUUUUUAU